AUGAAUGAAUUAGAAAAUAUAACAUAUAUUAAAAAUAUUCAAGAGAGAUUGAAAGAUAAGGAAGAUAAAUUAGCAGAUGCAAGUAGUGAGAAUAUAGAUUCUAUUCUUAUAAAAGAAAUUAAUGAAGAUUUAAAUUUAUUGAAAAACGUAAAGAUAAAUAAAAAUAUUUUAAAAUCAACUAAAAUUGGAAUAACUGUUAAUAAAUUUACAAAAAUAAAUAAUGAAGAAAUACAAAAUUUAGCAAAAGAACUUGUAGAAAAAUGGAAAAAUAUAGCUUUAAAUGAAAAAAUUUCUAAUAUUAAAAAUAUAGAGAAUAUUAAAAAAAGAAAAUCUGAAAUUGUUGAAAGUGGUGAUACUCGGUCGGAUGAAUAUGAAUCAAAAAAAAUAAAAGCUCAAAAUGAUUCUAAUAAAAAUUAUUCAUUAGAUAACUCAGAGAAUAAUGACAAAGAAGAACAAAAUAAUUGCUAUGAAAAUAAUGUAGAAAAACAAAAUGAUGAUACUAAUGGCAUAAAUACUGAUGGGAAAAAUAAUAACUCUAAUUUUAAUAAUGAUAAAAAUAUUAAAGAUCAUAAAAUUACUGAUUUAAAAACACUUAAUGAAUGGAAUUAUGAAGGAAAACUACACAAUGAUGUUCACAGAGAUAAAGCAAAACAAUUUUUAUUCAAAGCAUUUCUAAUAGGAUCAAGUGAUAAUCUGCUAUAUAUUAUUGAUAGAAAAAAAUUAAAUGAAAUUAUAUAUGAUAUAGAAAAUGAGUUACAAAAAUAUUACAUUCAGAAAAGGAACUCACAAAGAGAAUAUAAUAUGCAAUUGAAAUCAAUUAAAUUUAAUUUAAGUGAUAAAAAAAACCCUAAUUUUAACGAAAAAAUAUAUAAAGAAAUUAUUUCUCCAAAAGAAUUAGUAACAAUGAAUUCUCAAGAUAUGGCAAGUGAUGAGAAGAAAAAUGAAAGAGAAAAAUGUUUACAAGAAAGUUUAAUAGCUUGCCAAUCAGAUUGGGAUGUUAAAAAUAUUCUUCUAAAAAAAUCUAGAAAAGGAGAAUUUCAAUGUUAUAAAUGCAAAGGUUAUGAUACUAUAUACCAUCAACUACAAACUAGAAGUAGCGAUGAACCAAUGACUACUUUUGUAACAUGUUUAAAAUGCAACAACAGAUGGAAAUUUUAA